GUGGAUUUCGGCCCCCGGUGUUGUAGGAAUCAUCUCGCAGCCGCAAAAUAGCUCCCAGAGGUGUCCAACUUUUUACUUUUUUUCAAUAUUUAACUCACCACUAUUGUUUACUUGACCUGUUUCGGCUUCUAUACACGGCACAAACAUCAAAGCAACACUGUUAAUCAAGACAUGACUUUAUAACGAACAAAUAGGGCAGAUUUUACAGAGAGAAUUACCCCACGUUAAUAUUCCCAGUUCUUGCUUACUUGGUCUGCUGGUCUGGUGUGUUGCUUUCUUGCCGGCAAUAUCAAGCAUCACAAAGAUCACAGGUGGACAAACUAGAACAAAACCAGGCAAAUUAAUGUGUUUUCCUGCUGUGUGUUCCCCAGUGUGAAUGCGUAGUUGACCUCAAGGCGACUUAUUUCUGCGAGGAGGUAUCUCUCGUAACCUUGAGACAGCUGAUCAGACAGUGCUAUAUAUGGGUCAUGCAAGGGUGACGCAACACUAAGAUUAGCUAUUUUUAAUACUAUCUAGAGCAUAAAGCAACGAUCAUUGGUUUUGAAUAUGUUUGUUUGUCAAUUAGCUUUAUCCUUUACCUCAAGGCGACAUAUUUCUGCGAGGAGGUAUCUCUCGUAACCUUGGAACAGCUGAUCGGACAGUGCUAUAUAUGGGUCAUGCAAGGGUGACGCAACACUCAGAUUAGUUGAUUUUUAAUACUACCUAGAGCAUAAAGCAACGAUCAUUGGUUUUGAAUACGUUUGUCUGUUAAUUAGCUUUAUCUUGCCGAACGUAGAGGACGAUCAGCUGUUUGCACGAUCAUUCUGCGCCUCGCCUUUGUUCAGAAGAUUGAUUUUUAAAGGCCCAGGGAACUCAAAACCAUGGGAGUGAAACACGAUUCGACCAAAAGUGAGACCAGGGAAUUUAAGAUCAUUCAUGGAAGCGCUGUGGGAGCAAUAUGCAAUGUAAACUUGGGCCUUUGUGGUAAUGUCGCUACUGCGUGAGCCGGAAGUAAAGGCGUGACUCGAUUGUCGUACUCAGGCCAUGGUAUAUGCUGAUUUCUGACCCAAAAGCUGCCACAUCCGCACAACCAUACGAUAUUCAGUUACACAUAGCACUGGAACCUUUAAGCAGUGAUAUUUUCGCCAGUUGAAAGCAGCAGUUCUCUUCUUGUUCUUUUGACCUGUAACGCUUUGUAUCGCUUCUUAGGUCCUCCUUAUCAAUGAUACUUUACAGUUUACACCAUGCACUAUAUAUAGUUACUUCACAGUGCACACUUAUACACUUCACCCCAAGCUGAUGUGUUUUUCUGCUUUUUUUCUGCUCUUUUCUUCCCCUGGCUUUGCUUUUCUAUGCCCUUUUGUUAGCUUCCACUAUUACGCUUUUCUUUUCACUCCACUCUACCUUUUGAUUAUCGUAGUUCAUAAUGAUUAUCGCGCAGCGGGGAGCGCGAGGCAGCCACAGUCAGGGCUAGUGUUUACCUGAGGGGCUGCGACGCACUUGAGCCAGGCCAGCCACAACACCAGCAUGGGGAGCAGACUAUAGCCAAGAUGUUGAGACUAGGCCUAGACACACUGUCCAAAAUGCCUUGGUAUUUUCCUUGGUCGGACGCCAUCAAGAAGAGAGCCAUCAGAUACGUGCUGCAGCGGUACGUGGGCCAGUUCCUGGAGGAGAAGUUGUCCCUGGAUCAGCUGACGAUUGACCUGUACAAUGGGACGGGCACCAUCAAGGACCUGGCCCUGGACGUGAGCGCCGUGAACGAAGUGGCUGACCAGCUGAAUCUUCCCAUAAGGUUCGUGGAUGGGUACAUCGGGGAAAUAUCCUUCUCAGUGCCUUGGCACGCUCUCAUGCUCGAUAGUUGUUUCGUGGAGGUCUCAGGGCUGAUGGUGACGAUAGAGCCCAAACAAAGGUCAGAGGAUGUAUCCAUGGUUGAUUCAAUGAUCGAGUCCAUGAGCAUGACCAGCUCCAUGCAGAUAGCACAGGAGUGCCUUAACCAACAUGAGGAGGAGUUUGAAAUGGAAGUUUCAGCAGAGAAAGAUGUUAAUCAAAUAGCAAAUGGAGUGGAACACUUUGCUCAUGCCAUAGAUAAUGUACUCAACAGAAUCAAAGUACGUUUCUUGGACUGCAUCAUUAGAUUGGAGCACACUCCCAAAGGCAGCUCAUCUGGUGUAGCCCUGGAAAUUAGAAUAAAGAAAAUUGAUUAUUUUGAUGAAGCUGUAGGAAAAACUACACCUACUUCAGAAAGCAAUCAGAACACCCAAAGUAACCAUGAGCAGACAGCCUUUGCCUGCAAGAAGCUCUACAUAGAGGGUUUGACCAUGUAUACAGAUGAGUUUCCAGCCAAGAGUAAAACAAUGGGCAAAUCUGUCAUAGUUCCAUCAACAGAUUCUAAUUCAUCACCAGAAUCAGGCUCAAAGGUAUCUGGUUCAGGUUCAGGUGAUUCAUUCAAAACUGCUGAUACAUCGCCUCAUGAAGACAAAAAGUUUGAGUACAAUCAUGAGAACACUGUCCGAAAGCUAAUGAAUAACAGUACAAUUCCCAUGGAACCAAUACUGUUUGCCAAACUAACUGGAUCUCAAGAAAUAGGAUUCAAAUUAAAGCAGGCAGAUGUUGUGGGACCAAAGGUGGACUUAAGAAUGAACUUUGGCUCCAUCAUAAUGUUCCUCUCACCUAGACAGAUUCAUCUUCUGCUACAGCUUUCAGAAGGUAUUGCAUCUCCAGAGAAAUUUGAGCGAGAGCCUGCCUUCUCACACACAGUUGGGGGAAAACAGAAACCAAUGGAUCCAAAUGAUUUUAGGAAGGUUGAAGACGAGCUUCGUAAAGAACUUAAAGCCCCAACCCUCUCUAGUCAUGCUCUCAAUCAGCAUCAGGGUUGGUCAUAUGCUCCACUGGACAGUGAUGAUGAGUUUGUGCCAAUGGGCAGUGGCAGUGGAGGCCUCUCUCGGAAUAUGUCCAGCAGUCAGUUGUCUGGUUACUCAGACAUGGACAGUUCCUUCAACUCCAACAUGUCUGGCAGCACCAUCAAGUCACCUGGAGGCAGCAUGUCCACUCCACCACCAUUCCGCUACACAGGGGCUGGCGUGAUGACAGGGGACCAUGGAGGGGGAAGAAAGAGCAACAGUAGCAGAUCAGUGGAUGAUCCUUCAGCAGUGGUAACUCACUUCCGCCUGCAAGUUAGCAGUGUUGCUGCAGUGGUACUUCAUGAAGACAUUCUCACACCCUCGGUGGAAAAUGCAAACAUGGUGCUGAAGUCGUCUGUGGCUGAAAUGCAAGCUAAAUCAGAAGAGUUUUUCUCUACCCUUGGUUUCCAUGCUCUAUCAGGUUAUAGUUACAAUGCUUUCAAAGAAGCUAAAAAGAAAUUUACAGAUGCUUGUCAAAUAAGCCACCUAAGAUUUAUGGGAGCUCCAUUUAAUAUGGAAGGUUCAGAAAAGAGCCUAACAAAGAAGUGGGAAAUGAAUGUAACCUUCUCAUUAGGCUGUGCUGAACUACUAGAGUGUCUAAUAGAUUCCUCAGUGAUACCAACAAAAGUUGAAUACUCUGAACUACUUUCAUUUAAAUGCAGUGCCAAAGAAGAGGUUGGUGAUGUCGGCUAUGGCAGCAUAAUGGAGCCUAAGCUGAAAGUGAGCAUUUCUCAGUCCCAGAACAUGACUCCAACUGGAAAAACCCGCAGGAUGAGCAUCCCUAAGUUAGACAUUAAAGUGAACCUAGCAGAAUGCACUUCAGAGAUUGACAUGUCUAUUGUAGACCGAAUCAGUGCACUGAUAAAUCGUCAAGAGGUGUGCACUAAGGCAGCAGAAGAGGUUUUUUCUCCAGAGCUCCCUCCAAGUUAUAUCAACCAAGCAUGCUUCAAGCAAACUUUGGAUGAUGCAACUGUCCAUCCUGACACACGAAUUAGUGUGAAAGUCUCCUCCACAUCACUGACUGUCAAGUUGAGAUUUCCUAUCCCUGACCUUAGACCCACAUCCAAUAUGGAGCGAGUGCCAUGGUGGAAAAGGAACAUAAGAAAAGAUAUUUUGUCCAUAGCAUUAGAAGACUUUGAGUUCGUCACCUCCCUAGACCCAUACUUGUCAUAUUCCAGUUAUGAGGUUCGCAGCAGUGACAUCCAUGUGUAUUUUCAAGAGAGGGAGGAGGAUGCCCUCAUGUCCCUUCUCCAGGCCAAUGCAAGUGAAGGAGCAGAAAAAGGUUUUGACUUACCUCGUAUUGUUGUCAUUGUGCAUCCAGCUCAGUCAUGGAGUUCACUGGAAGAUGAGGCCCCAAGGCAAGAAAAUAUCAUGACAAAAUCCAUGAUGGGUUUUCUGGAAGAAGUAAAUGAAACUGAACCAAAUCCAUUCAGUCGAAGAAAAGUUGCCACCCAGCAGGCAGGUGAUGCUGGGGAGCUCACCAUCCCAGCUAGUCGGAAAGAAGUUCUGCAGUUCAUUGAAAACACAGUGAAGAAUGUGCAGUAUAAUAUAGAAGUCCAUCUCCCUAAUGUUCAGUUGCUCUUGCCCUCCAAGCAUAUCUAUGAAGUUAUUUACAAUAGACUAGUGUCUGACUUACUCCUGUGGGAACCCUCUGCCCCCAAGCCAGCUAGUCAUGGUUCCCGCAACAUGGGGGGCACUCAGGGGGGGCUGGACCUGGCGUCAGUGUUCAUGAAUGAAAGUAUCUACCAGAGCACCACGCAGUUUACCAUGUGCUCCAGUGCAAACGCUGUUGAAAGUGACAGCGAGGAAGAGGGUAAUUCACAGUACUUUUCCAUAUAUGAACACAAAGCAAGACAGAGAAGUAAGCCUCAUCCCUAUAAUCAACAGCAACAGCAGCAACACCAACAGCCACAGGAGCCAGACAACAGAAAGCAAACCAUGGUUGCCUUCAAGCUUGUUCUUGGCCGUGGGGUGGCCAGCAUCCGCACUCCAUACAGGGAUACCAAGAACAAUGUGCUCCCAGGCCAGCAUGGAGAAGUGAUGCUAGUGAUGGAGAGAGGCACAAUCUUUGCUGCAACUGGGUAUCAUGGCUGCCCAAAUUUGGGUUAUACAUGUAUCUGGGCAGAGAAGGGGCACGUGUACCAUAAGGCAGCCAGCAUAACUCCAGAUCAUCCUAUAAUACUUGAUACCAGCAGUCCCCUCUCCACAUCACAGUUAGAUGCUGUUCUUUACCCAAGUGACCCAGGAGUAAUCAUAAAGUUGGGUGGAGGCGGCAGGACUCGCUUUAGAUCCCGCGACCAGUUCUCCAUAGCACUGAAGCUGAACUUUGACUCAGUACGCAACAUGAAGACCAUCAAUCUGUCAGGUUGCAUCAGGGGAUCAACUCUUCGGCACUAUAUGUGUCCUUCACCUGACAGCUGGUUGACGCAGCUCAUGGAUGUGUUUGAGGUUCAGGACUACCCCAUUGCAGGCUAUGCACUGCCAGAGGUUGUGACUGAGAUGAAUUUUCAUCUCUGGGGCUGUGCUCUUGAUUACCGUCCUCUCCACCUGCCACUACGUGCAAUGUUGACUGUUGAUACUUGCUCAAUUUCUAGCAAUAUGACCUUGGGUAGUGAUGUCAGUGUAGUGCAUUUGAUCAUAGAAGAUGCAGCUCUGUUUUUAUCAGAUAAACUCAAUGCAAAUACUGUGGAUAUAAAGAAGAACUAUGUAUGUGUGGCUGACCUGGGGGUCUUUGAGAUGUCAUUGAGACUGAUAGACAUUACAAAAAAUAAGUUGCCAAGAAUAGACUUGAUAGCCUCAAAUAAUGUGAUUCACAUUCGGACCUGUGCUGACUCCUGCAAGGCCUUGCUGGAUCUCAUGAUCUACCUGGCAGGUGAUGGAGACUUAACCAAAGAUGCAUCAGAACAAAUUCCAUGUAGUGAUGAGCUUGCAGCUGAUACCAGGAGUACUACACCAACUAAUGUCCUUCCCACGGGUGAAUGUGCUACCAUAAAGCCUGUGGAUUCCCAGGAGACCAUCUUCAAUCCUGCUGGCAAAGACAGUGACAAACAACAGUUGGAGAUGGUGAGGGGCAUGAUGGAUGAUGCCAUGGUGGAGUCCACACCAUCCACAUCAUCAUGUGAAGAUGAUGAAAAUGACCCUAUAGCAAAUUUAAGAAAAGGUGUAGAGGUGUUUUUCUUCCCAGACGAUGACAUGAAGAAGGUGGUCAUAGCCUCCAAAGAUGUGCCAAAGCAAGACGAAGGGGUAAAUGAAGGCGAACUGACAGCCACUGAAUGUGCUCUCAAAGAAGCUUUAAAAGAACCUUUGGAGAAUCCAUUUGAAGAGUGCAGCUCUGGCACAGAUGAAGAAUUUUGCAUCCUAGACGAUGCGCCAGGCACAGGCAUUAAGUCUCCCUCAGGGGAACCACAAGUACGCUUCCUAACAAGAGAUCCCAUCGCCAUUAUUGACAAUCACUUUACAGUUCCUCUUGGCAAAGUGGAUCAGCUUAAGGCUCCAAAGAAUUUUCCAGUACCAGAAAGUAAAUAUACCCUUCAAGAGCUCUCUCUUGUGUGGCACAUGUAUGGUGGCUCUGAUUUCAAGUCUUCCCAUGCCACUGACUCUAACUCACGCCAUGUCACUAUAAAUGAUUCCAAUGGCAACCCUGAUGUACGUGCUGAAAGACAACCCCCUAGUUCAUCCGCUGAGCCCUCUGUAACACUCAGAAGAGGAGAGGUGUGCUACACCGCCCGGCACACCUCCCCAACAGCGUUCAAUAGAUCUCCCCCUCAGAGCCCCCAGCUGAUGUCCCAACAAGUGUGGCAAGCCAGAGGGGGUCCAGGGAGGAAGCAUGAUACCCUCAUGGAACUUCACCUCAACAAAGUACGUUUCCAACAUGAAGUUUACCCUGAGACUGCAAAAGAAGUCUCCAGGCAUGUAAUCCUGAUACAGGAUGUGGAAGUCCGAGAUCGACUUUCUUCCUCUAAGAUCAACAAAUUUCUUUACCAAUUUUCCUCAGAGACAUGUCCCCGGCAGGCCCAUGCCAACAUGGUACAAGUGAAGUUCCUUACUACAAGACCUGAUGGAAAGCUUCGCCCACAAGAAACAAGCAUUAAAAUCUCCUUGCAACCCAUCAGACUACAUGUUGAUCAAGAUGCACUUCUUUUCCUAUUCCAGUUUUUUGAAGACAUCCAUGUAUCAGACAGGGAUGGAGAAAUGGGGGAAGAAGAGCGGCCUCAAUCAGCUUUCAAGGUUCAGGCGCCUAUCAUGACUGUGAAUUAUAAUCAAGCUACUAACAUUGGUAGGACAGGACAGCAGUUGCUUGUUAACCUUGAAGAAAAAUCCCCAGUUUCUGAUGAGGAGCAAAGACUUAUGGAAGCUCUGAAGAGUAGCCCGUCUUACUUCAAGUCUUUUGUGUUCUCUCCAGAUGUGCCCAUUAAGAUUGAUUAUCAUGGGAAGCAUAUUGACAUAAACUCACAGUAUGGUCCUUUGGCAGGCCUGAUCAUUGGACUUGGGCAGCUCAAUCAUGCUGAAAUAAAGCUAAAAAGUAUUGUGCACAAGUCAGGCCUUUUGGGAGUAGACAAGCUGCUUACAUAUGUGACCAACGAGUGGAUCAACGAUAUUCGCCGCAACCAGCUUCCCUUAGUGUUGGGCGGUGUUGGCCCAAUACACUCCUUCAGUAAGCUGUUGGCUGGGGUGAGAGACUUAUUCCUACUGCCCAUUGAACAGUACCAGAAGGAUGGGCGACUGGUGCGAGGUAUCCAGCGGGGAACAUCAGCUUUCACCUCCUCCUCAGCUCAUGCUGCCCUUGACCUGACUGGUCGCUUCAUUGGCUGCAUUCAGUCUGCAGCAGAGACUAUGUACGACAUGGUGUCUUCAGGCCCCAGUGUCCGCCACAGGUACCGGCAGCGCGGUGGCCAGCCCCAGGACAUUCGGGAAGGGGUAACCACAGCAUAUGGAGUGGUCAGGGAUGGCAUUGGUGAGACGGCUACAGCUAUUGUGCAAGCAGCCUCCCAAGAGCACCAGCAUAAAGGUGUGUCGGGAGCAAUAGGGGGGGUGCUACGGCAGAUUCCCCCUACAGUUGUUCAGCCCAUCAUCCUUGCCUCAGAAGCUGCUGGUACUGUGAUUGGGGGAAUGAAGAACCAACUGGUGCCUGAUGCAAGAAAGGAAGCCGUUGACAAGUGGAAAGCAUAACUAGAAAAUGUUCUGUUCUCAAAAUCAUUCAAACCAGCAUUUAAUACUACAGGGUUUAUAUAAUGAUAGCUGAUUUCUGUGAUCAUUUUCAUCUAAUGAUUGGAAAGUAAUUUCUUUGAGUAUAAUCAGUAUAUAAUUACCUACUCUCACAGACUAUCCACAUUAUAGAGUUCCAGUGGGAAAACAAUGCAACUUGUGCCUACCACUUAGUUUUAGUAGAGUUGAACAUUCUUUGGUGUUAAUCUUGUGAUAGCGUGUGGAUGUGUUUAUGAGUGUUUUUCUCAAGUAUAUAUUUCUUUUAUACCACUAAGUUAAUAACUUUUGUAUCAAUAGUAAUAAUUGUUGCUGACUUAUAAGUCUUAAUGCUUUAUUUUAUUCAAGUAAUUUCCUGUCAAUUUUAUUCAUCUAGGCUGAGUCAAGCCUGCACAAGCCCCUGGGCAUUAUAAUGUUAUCAAAGAUGUCUUAGUAAAAGUUUUUUUGGGGGGAGGGGAAAGAGGAGUAAAACCCAAUUGAUUAUACAAAUACAGUAUACAAUUAUAUAUCACAAAUUUGAGCCAUUACCUUCCUAGGAUCUUUGUUAUAUACAAGUAAAAAAUAAAAAUAAAAUAUAUAUAUAUAUAUAUAUAUAUAUAUAUAUAUAUAUAUAUAUAUAUAUAUAUAUAUAUAUAUAUAUAUAUAUAUAUACGCAAGUAAAAAUUGAGCAAGUUUUGUAUAGCAGUGAGCUGGAGUUUAUUUCUACUAUCAAUGCAAGAUUGAUAAAGUGUUCAGUUUUUAGAAAAAAAUGUGAAGAUAGUUUUCUAACUAGAAAAAGUUUUGAUAUCUGUAUUACAACUGGCAUAAAAUAAUGCAGAUUUGUCAAAAGUUGGAUUGUAAAGGUAACAAAUGUAGAAGCAGUUUUGUUUAAAAGAUCAUAAGCAAUGGUGUAUACUUCAAGUAUUGAAGGUGUUCAAUACAGUCUUGAUGAAUUAGUAGGAUUGGAGCAUAUUGAGGAUCAGGAGGCAAAUCAUCCAGAAGAUACUUGGCCAGCCUGCACAUUCAUAAGAAGUAUCUGUGUGGCUGCAGCAGUCAUCUUGGUACAGGAUACAA